AGGGGGAUGGCGGGAUUUCGGUGGGGGCCGUUUGAGAGGGUUCAAAGUUCAGCCCGAUGUGGGAGGACCCCAGACGGGGAGGGGAGGAGAAGUCCUCAGGCCAUGUGAUCCUGCUUGUCUGGCUGAGUUGUGAGCCCAGAAACCAACUGUGUUUACUAUUUUGGGUGAAUGAGGUGGUUGGCUUGCUACGAGCAGCUCGCCCAUGGGACCCUUCCUCGCUCGCUUCCAGCGUGCUCGGCUCUCCUCAUUGACAUCAUCCCAGGGCUUGCUGGUGGAAGAGGGACCCUCCCUUCCGCGGCUCCUGGGCCAGAUGCCAUGAGGCUUGGCUCGCUGGCGGCUCUGCUCUGCAGACAUGAAAUAGCGCCCGGAGAGACCUCCUGACGGGGCUGGGGGAGCCGGCCUUGCUGCACCAUCUGCUCCCGGGGCCCCCAGUGCCCUCCAGCAUGCUGGAGGAGAAGACUGAAGUCCGCCCGUGUGCCGCCGGACUUCUGCCCCUCUCGGGGGUCGGGCAGGACGUCGACGCGGCAGGAUGCCAGGACCCGUACCACAGUGUGCGGGAAGUGCUCCAGUUGAAGCUUCAGCAGCGCCGGACCCGGGAGGAGCUGGUGAACCAGGGGAUCAUGCCGCCUCUGAAAAGUCCGGCUGCGUUUCAUGAACAGAGAAGGAGCUUGGAACGGGCCCGGACGGAAGACUACUUGAAACGGAAGAUCCGUUCCCGGCCGGAGAGAUCCGAGCUGGUCAGGAUGCACAUUCUAGAAGAGACCUCGGCCGAACCUUCCCUUCAAGCCAAACAGCUGAAACUGAAGCGAGCCAGGCUGGCCGACGACCUCAACGAGAAGAUCGCCCAGCGGCCGGGCCCCAUGGAGCUGGUGGAGAAGAACAUCCUUCCGGUGGAGUCAAGCCUGAAGGAGGCCAUCAUCGUGGGACAGGUCAAUUAUCCCAAAGUGGCCGACAACUCUUCUUUUGAUGAGGACAGCAGUGAUGCCCUGUCCCCUGAGCAGCCGGCCAGCCACGAGUCCCAGGGAUCAGCACCAUCCCCCCUGGAGGGCAGAGGCAGCGAGCCCCUGGCUGCCUCAGUUUCUUUGUCCCCGCCUCAGGUGGUGUCCCAGCUUCAGGUGUGCCCCGAUUCCAGUGAACCUGCUUUCCUGGCAGAGCAACUGUCUCCUCUGCCGGCCCCACCUUUGAUGCCACCCAGCCUCCCCAAUGGAGGGGCUGCUCCCACUGCCAAGCCCACCCCGACACUCAUUAAGCAAAGCCAGCCCAAGGGCCCGGGGGAGAAGCCCCCACGCAGCAAGAAGGCCAAGGAGCUGAAGCCCAAAGUGAAGAAGCUCAAGUACCACCAGUACAUCCCCCCCGACCAGAAGCAGGACAAGGGGGCGCCCCCCAUGGACUCCUCCUACGCCAAGAUCCUGCAGCAGCAGCAGCUCUUCCUCCAGCUCCAGAUCCUCAACCAGCAGCAGCAGCAGCACUACAACUACCAGACCAUCCUGCCCGCCCCCCCCAAGCCUGCGGGGGAGCCCCCGGGGGGCAGCAGCCCCGCCUCCCUGCGCACCCUCCCCGCGGCCGCCUCCGGCCCCCCCGGGCCCAGCCAGCUCGUGCGCCAGAGCUCCGUGAGCGGCAAGCCGGGCCCGCUGCCCGCCAACCUGGACGACAUGAAGGUGGCCGAGCUGAAGCAGGAGCUGAAGCUGAGGGCGCUGCCCGUCUCGGGCACCAAGACGGACCUGAUCGAGCGCCUGCGCGCCUACCAGGAGCACGCCGGGGGCCCCCCCAAGCCCGGGGCCGCCCCGAUCCUGGCCAAGGCGGGGGAGGUGGUGGUGGCCUUCCCCGCCGCCCGGCUGAGCGCGGGGCCCGCCCUGAUGGCGGCCGGCCUGGCCCCCGCCGAAGUGGUCGUGGCCACGGUGACCAGCAACGGGGUGGUGAAGUUCGGCAGCACCGGCUCGACGCCCCCCGUGUCCCCCACGCCGUCCGAGCGCUCCCUGCUCAGCACCGGCGACGAGAACUCGACGGGCGGCGGCGGCGCGGGCGACGCCUUCGGGGAGAUGGUGACGUCGCCCCUGACGCAGCUCACGCUGCAGGCGUCCCCCGUGCACAUCCUGGUGAAGGAGGAGAGGCCGGCGGCGGCGGCGCGGGCCGAGGGCCGCGACAAGGACCAGAUGCUGCUGGAGAAGGACAAGCAGAUCCAGGAGCUGACGCGCAUGCUCAGGCAGAAGCAGCAGCUGGUGGAGAUGCUGCGGCUGCAGCUGGAGCAGGAGAAGCGCGCCCAGCACGCCGCCGCCCCCCGGGCCCAGGUGAAGCGCGAGGGCGGCCCCUCCGGCUGCCGGCUGGCCGCCCCCGACGGCCUUGCCGUGACGGUGAAGCAGGAGGCGGCGCCCGACGACGAGCCCCGCAGCUGCCUCCUCACCGACGCCUCCGGGACCCACGUGGUCCUCGCCGUGACCAAGCGCGACGCCGAGGACCCGGCCCAGGACGACGCGCCCGGGAGGAGCGGCGCCGGCCAGAGCCCCCCCCAGGGUCCGCCCAGCCCGGGGCCGUCCCCGCUCCUGCCCUUCCUGGUGCCCCCCGGCCUGCAGUCCUUCUUCCCGAACGGCUUUCACAAGAGCAGCCUGAAAGCCGGUGCGGCCGCCCCCAGCAGCCUGCCCCAGAAGCCCUCCUCCGAGCCCAGCUCCCCGGCGGCCCUCCACGCGCCCCCCAUGGACCUGGACCGCCAGCCCCCGCCCCUGUUUGAGGCGGCCCCCGGGCCCGGCCCGCUGCCCCCCCUGGUGAAGAAAGAGCCCCCCGGCUACGAGGAGGCCGUCAAGCAGCAGCCCAAGCCCCGGGAGGAGAACGGCUCCUCGAGCCAGCAGAUGGACGACCUCUUCGACAUCCUCAUUCAGAGCGGAGAAAUCUCGGCGGACUUCAAGGAGUCUCCGUCCCCCUCCGGGAAGGAUCCCAGCCCGGCCCUGCCCUGCCCGUCCCCGGCGACCCCCCAGCCCCCUCCGGAGCUGCCCCCGGCCCUGGGCGGCAGCCCCGGCCCCGGGCGCCUCGAGGACUUCCUGGAGAGCAGCACGGGGCUGCCCCUGCUGCCGGGCGGCCCGGAGGGCCCCGAGCCGCUGCCCCUCAUCGACGACCUGCACAGCCAGAUGCUCAGCAGCUCGGCCAUCCUGGACCACCCGCCCUCCCCCAUGGACACGUCGGAAUUGCACUUUGCGCCCGAGCCCGGCGCCGGCCUGGGCCUGGGCCUGGACCUGGCCGAGGGCCACCUGGACGGCAUGGACUGGCUCGAGUUCUCGGGGGGGCCCGUCCUGGGCCUGGCCGGCGCCGGCAGCGCCGGGCCCAGCCUCUUCUCCACGGACUUCUUGGACGGCCACGACCUGCACCUGCACUGGGACUCCUGCUUGUAGCCCGCCGGUGGGGCAGCUGUAAAUAGCCCGCGCUGCCCUCCCCUCCCCCGCCCACGCCGGCUGGGGGGCCGCCGCCCCCGUCUGUAACGUCACGCGCGCUUCCGGGAGAUCUCCUACCUCAAGGCACAGGGGGGGGGCGGGGGGCGGGGGGGGGCUCCGGUUUUGUACAAAGCAGCUGCUUUCACAAAUGCUGUUUAUUUAUAAACCAAAAAAUAAAGGUCCUCGCACUGUC